UUCAAAGGUCAUAGUUCAAUGAUGGCAAAGAUGGCAGCCUCCGUACUGGAGCACGGGGAGGAUGCUUUUAGAAAGCUUUUUAAGUUCUAUAAACGUCGAAAUCCUCCACCUGAUUUUGGUGAUGUCAUUGAUUUUUCCAAGAACGUAAAGAAUGAUAUGGUCUUCAGUGUUGAGCUGAACCCUUCUGCAUUGAGUGAGGCGGAUGCAAGCAGAGCUGGUCUGAGGCCUGUUAAAGACUGGAGGGCUUUUGGACUGAAAGGACACUCAGGCUUCGUCUUCAUUUCAAAUCCCUUCCUGCCGGGCUCCCAGCACCACUGGGUCAGGCAGUGUCUGAAGACAUACCCACAGAAGCCCAACGUGUGCAAUCUGGACAUGCACAUGUCCCCCUCAGAGACAGAGGACAUCUGGAACAAGAGUGCCGACAUCUUGCGGAAGAAGAACCAAGGCAAGAGGGAGCCUAAGACCCUGCUGGAGAAACUUCGCUGGGUGACCCUGGGUUACCACUACGACUGGAAUUCCAAGACCUACUCUGCUGACCACUACACCCAGUUUCCCCCAGACCUCCACUCCUUAUCCCGAGAGGUGGCUGCCGCCUGUGGUUUCCAUGGUUUCGCCGCCGAGGCUGGAAUCCUGAACUACUACCGCGCGGACUCGUCACUGGGCAUCCAUGUGGAUGAGUCCGAGCUUGACCACUCACGCCCCCUUCUGUCAUUCAGUUUCGGGCAGACCGCCGUUUUCCUGCUUGGCGGCACCAGGAGGGAGGACCCGGCCACCCCCAUGUUUAUGCACAGCGGUGACAUCAUGGUGAUGUCGGGGCCCAGUCGCCUUCUCUACCACGCCGUCCCCUGCAUCGUCCCCGCCCCUGCUGGCCAACCCCUGCCUGCCUGUCUGCUCGACACCCAACAGACCACAGGCCUCCACACCGGCAGCCUCGUCCAAGCGGUCCCGACAGAGGACUGGGAGCUUUGCUCCAGGUACCUGCACACCUCCCGAGUCAAUAUGACCGUCAGACAGGUCCUGGGGGAUGGACAGGCCUUCCCAACAGAGACGACCUCCAUAAGGUCAGAAGUUAGCCCUAAGGACGGGUACCAUGAGAAACAUGGACAGGAGGAAGAGGAUCUCAAAGCCAAGAGGAAGAGGAAUGACUCUGGAUAUGACCUUGACUCCUGACAUAAUUCAAGGUCAGAUAAAAAGUUUUACAGGGAAAAGUUUUAAGUUAAACCUUUCAAAGCAAGCAUGGACAGUGCCGUAUGAUGUUUACUGUCAGUCAAAUAUAUGAGAUUUCAUGUAUGUACAUAUAUUUAUAAAUAAAAUAUUUAAAGAUGUUA